AUGGAAUUCUUUGAAUCUGAUUGUUUUGGAAUGCAUCGACUGUAUGAAGAGGAACAACAACAUUGGGAUUAUUACAACAUGGGACUUCAUGAUGAAACAUACCAUGAUGAAUCAGACAUAACAAACCAGGAAGUACAAAAUGAAAAUUCAGAUAUUGGUUAUGAUGCAGAUGAUGAUGAUGCACAAACAGGGGAAGAACAAGAGGAUGGGACUCCACAAGAACAACAAGGUCAUAGAAGGGCCAACAGAGAAAUGUCACUAGAUGAAAAAAGGCAACUUGAUGAAAUCUUGGUGAACAUGGAGGGGGACUCAUUGCCUUUUGGAUUUUUAUCCAAGUUGGCCAAGAAACACAAAGUUCACAUAUCCACAACAACAAGAUGGUUCCAGGUAAUUAAGAAACACUUAGGGGAGGGGAUUGUUAUUGAUGCUAGGACCAAAAAACUUGGCAAAACAGGCCCCAAACUCAAAGUCUAUUUAGAUGAGUGGUUGGUCUCUGUCCCAUUGUAUAAGAGGACAACUGAAAGGAGCUAUGCUGCUGCCCUUCAUGUGUCUUCCUCAGUUAUUCAUAGGUUAAAAAAAGGUAGGCUUAGAACACACACUUCAACCAAUCACCCUGCCCUGACAGACAAUCACAAAAUUGCUAGAUUGAAGUGGGUUCUAAGCUUUAUGAACCCUAUUCCAGCUGUAGGGGACCCUACAUUUAGAGACAUGCAGUACACAAUCCACAUAGAUGAGAAAUGGUUCUACUUGAACCCAGAAACCAGAACCUUUUAUCCGCUACCAAAUGAACAAGAUCCAUAUAGAGCACAACAAUCUAAGAGAUUUAAACUUAAGGCUAUGUUCAUGGGUAUGGUAGGGAAACCACUGUAUGAUAACAACAAGAACCUUUUGCAUGAUGGGAAGUAUGGGUUGUUCCCUUUUGUCAAGUAUGAAAUAGCAAAGAAAAAAAGCAAGAACAGAGAUAAGGGAACACUAGAACACAAAGGCAGUCCAGUGUGUUAA